AUGGCCGACGAAGUCGUCGUGCUGGCGGUCGGCGCCUUCCAGCUCUGGCUGAGCCCGUUCGCCAAGGUCGAAGAGAGCUUCAACCUCCAGGCGAUCCACGACCUCCUCUAUGAGCGCAACCUUACGCGCUACGACCAUUUCGAGUUCCCAGGCGUUGUGCCAAGGACCUUUCUCGGCGCGCUGCCGGUCGCCGCGGUCGCCGCGCCGGCCUCGCUCCUGCUCUCCAAGGCGUCGAUGCAAGUCGCCGCCCGCGCAUCCUUAUGGCUGCUCUCGUUUGCUGCGUGGCGGACGCUCAAGCGCACGAUCGGCAGCGUCUUUGGCUCGGACACCGCGGUCGCCUACAGCCUCGUGACCGCCGUCCAGUUCCACUUGGUGUUCUACAUGAGCCGCACGCUGCCCAACAUCUUUGCUCUUAUCUUGGUCCUGCUGGCGUACGCGGCGUGGAUGCAGCACCAGCCUCGCCGCGUCAUCGUGCUGCUCAGCGUCUCGACCAUCAUCUUUCGAGGUGACACGGCCGUGCUCUUUGCCCCGAUCUUGCUCACGCUGCUGGUCGCGCGCCAUGUGGGGUUUGUCGAGAUGGUUGGGACCGGCGUGACGGCUGCGCUGAGCGCGUUGGCAGUCACGGUCGGCGUGGACUCGGCCUUUUGGCAGCGCUGGCUCUGGCCCGAGGGCGAGGUGCUCUACUUCAACACGAUCCUCAACAAGAGCCAUGAGUGGGGAACACACCCGUUCCAUUGGUACUUCACAUCGGCGCUGCCCCGCAUCCUCGGGGCGUCUGCGGUCUUGCUGCCGCUGGGCCUCACGUACCCCAACUGGUUGGACCGCGACGUCUGCUACUACGUGCUGCCGGUGGUUUUGUACAUGCUGCUCUUUUCGAUCCUGCCCCACAAGGAGCUUCGGUUCAUUCUGAACGCGGUGCCGAUGCUCAAUUUGGCGUCUGCUGUCGGUGUCGCCAAACUCUGGCGCGGCCGGCACAAGACCGCAUGGCCCUUGCUGUGUGUCGUGCUAAGUCUUGCCAUCACGGCGCUGUGCUCGGUUGUCUUUACGCUCGCGUCGCAUGCCAACUACCCGGGCGGCGUCGCAUUUGCAAAGCUGCACGCGCUGCAACAUGUGCGCGCGACGGAGCCGGUGCACGUGCACAUUGACGUGGCAGCGGCCAUGACGGGCGUCUCCCGCUUUGGCGAGCAGUAUGCUGCGUGGACGUACACGUGCUAUCGAUACGGCAGGUACAACAAGACGGAAGACUUGACCGACUUUAGCGCGUUUGAUUACUUGGUGACGGAGACGCCGGCGCGUGAGGUACGGCGCGACGGGAUUGCAGCGCUGGACGGAACGUGCUAUCCGUAG